CACGUGCCCGUGUUUACGUCCCUCGUGGAGCCGCCGACGUCAGCAGUCGAAUGGCAACAUUGUGGCGAUGCUGAGGCUUAGAGUUUAGGAGACGAGUCCGUCCGUCAGGCCGGUCCCGGGCAUUCGGCAGCAGGAAGGGUAGAGGCGGGGGAGAUCGGCUGGGGCGAGCUGCGGGGACGCACACUUCGCCGGCCGGACCCCGCGGGACCGCGCGUCUCCGCCAGAGCGCCGCAUACGCAGCCCCACGGCCUCGCGCGGGGGGCGGCGGGCGGCCGCGAGGCGCUGCGGCAGCGCGGGGCUUGUAAACAGAUCCGGCCGCACGUGACCAUGUGAACUACCUGCUCCCGGGACGCGUAUUGUCCUUCCCGCGAGCAGCGCCACAAAGGAGCUCGGCGGUGCGAGUGCGGGGGACCGGCGAGCGAGCGGGGAGAGCCGGCCGGCGCGCUAAGAUGGCUGAAGGCGCCCGGCGAGGGUGAGCGGGGGGCGCGGCGCAGCCAGCCGGGGCGUCCUCGGGCGGGCAGGGCCGGCGGCCCACCUCCGCGGCCCCAAGCCGGCGCCACCAUGUCGUUCGCGCUGGAGGAGACGCUCGAGUCGGACUGGGUGGCUGUGCGGCCCCAUGUGUUCGACGAGCGCGAGAAGCACAAGUUCGUGUUUAUUGUGGCCUGGAACGAGAUCGAGGGCAAGUUUGCCAUAACCUGCCACAACCGGACGGCCCAGAGGCAGAGGAGCGGCUCCCGGGAGCAGGCGGGGGCGCGAGGGGGCGCCGAGGCCGGCGGACCUGCGUCGGACGCGAGCCGCGGGCCGGGCAGCCCGGCGGGCAAGGGCCGGCCCGAGGCCACCGCCUCUGCGACUCCGGUCAGGAGCCCCGGGCCCCGGCGGAACGCGGCCUGGGCAGAGGGCGGCUCUCCGCGGAGUACGCGAAGCCCUCGGGGAGACCCGCUGCUGCGGACUCCGGGCGGCAAAGGAGCGGAGAGUUCUCUCAGAAGCCCGGUGCGGGCCAAGCCUAGCCCGGUCCGGAGGGCAUCCGAAGCCAGGGAUGCAGCGGGGGCUGCCGCUGCGGCAGCCCGGCCGGCACCCAGAGAGGCUCCGGUGUCCUCCGUGCGGGUAGUGAGCGCCUCCGGGACCGUCUCCGAGGAGAUCGAGGUGCUGGAAAUGGUGAGGGAGGACGAGGCGCCCCUGGCGGGCGCGGAGCAGCCGCCGGCCGGCGCCGAGCUGGAGUCUCCCGCCGAAGAGUGCAGCUGGGCCGGACUCUUCUCCUUCCAGGACCUGCGCGCCGUGCACCAGCAGCUAUGCUCCGUCAACUCGCAGCUGGAGCCGUGCCUGCCGGUGUUCCCAGAGGAACCCUCGGGCAUGUGGACUGUGCUGUUCGGGGGCGCCCCCGAGAUGACCGAGCAGGAGAUCGACACCUUGUGUUACCAGCUCCAGGUCUACCUGGGCCACGGCCUGGACACCUGCGGCUGGAAGAUCCUCUCCCAGGUGCUCUUUACUGAGACCGACGAUCCCGAGGAGUAUUAUGAAAGCCUCAGCGAGCUGAGGCAGAAGGGCUACGAAGAAGUGCUUCAGCGGGCUAGGAAGCGCAUCCAGGAGCUCUUGGAUAAGCACAAGAAUACAGAGAGCAUGGUGGAGCUUCUGGACUUGUAUCAGAUGGAAGAUGAAGCCUACAGCAGCCUCGCGGAAGCUACAACUGAGCUGUAUCAGUAUUUACUACAGCCAUUCCGAGACAUGAGGGAACUUGCCAUGCUACGAAGACAGCAGAUCAAGAUUUCCAUGGAGAAUGAUUAUCUGGGACCCCGAAGAAUUGAGAGUCUACUAAAAGAAGAUGCUGAUUGGCAGCGGAAAGCUCACAUGGCUGUACUGUCCAUUCAAGAUCUUACUGUCAAAUAUUUUGAAAUAACAGCUAAAGCUCAAAAAGCUGUGUACGAUCGAAUGCGAGCAGAUCAGAAGAAAUUUGGUAAAGCAUCAUGGGCAGCAGCUGCUGAACGUAUGGAAAAACUCCAGUAUGCAGUUUCUAAGGAGACUUUACAGAUGAUGAGAGCUAAAGAGAUCUGCUUGGAACAGAGGAAACAUGCACUGAAGGAAGAGAUGCAGAGUUUGCAGGGUGGUACAGAAGCUAUAGCCCGAUUGGAUCAGUUAGAAGCUGAUUAUUAUGAUCUGCAACUUCAGUUGUAUGAAGUACAGUUUGAAAUCUUGAAGUGUGAAGAGCUACUAUUGACAGCACAACUAGAAAGCAUCAAAAGACUCAUAUCGGAAAAGAGAGAUGAAGUGGUGUACUAUGACACGUACGAAAGUAUGGAGGCAAUGCUGGAGAAGGAAGAGAUGGCAGCGUCUGUGUACUUACAGAGAGAAGAGCUGCAGAAACUUCAGCAGAAAGCACGCCAGCUGGAAGCAAGACGAGGACGGGUUUCAGCUAAAAAAGCAUACCUCAGAAAUAAAAAGGAAAUUUGUAUUGCAAAACAUAAUGAAAAAUUCCAGCAGCGUACUCGGAGUGAAGAUGAAUAUAGAACUCACCACACAGUACAACAAAAAAGAGAAAAAUUACAUGAUGAAGAAGAAAGAAAAAGUGCCUGGGUUAGCCAAGAGAGACAGAGAACGCUGGAUAGACUUAGAACGUUUAAACAGAGGUAUCCUGGGCAAGUUAUACUUAAAUCAACCAGAUUACGACUGGCUCACGCAAGAAGAAAAAGUGUAGUAAGUCCUGUUCCCCGCGAGGAUCAGUGUGAUUCUCUACCAGGAGUGUUACAAGUAGAAGAGAAAACUGACGAGGUGGGAGAAGGAAGAAGCAAGCUUGGGCCACCACAGACAGCAAAACCCCAGAGCCUUGCACAACUUGAAGACUCUUCAUUAGCACAACUUGAAGCCACUUCAUUACCUCUCAGUGGUGUUACCUCUGAACUGCCUCCCACUGUAUCUCUUCCACUUGUGAAUAACGACCUUGAACCAUGUUCUGUUACCGUAGAUCCACUCCCCCCACCUCGUCCCCCAACACCACCUCCUCCCCCCCCACCUCCUCCUCCACCACCGCCCCCACCUCUGCCUGUUGCUAAGGACAAUGCCCCCGAGACACUGGAGAAGGAUCUGCCUAGAAAGGAGGGGACCGAGAAGAGGAUCCCCAAGUCUGCCAGUGCCCCUUCAGCACACCUCUUUGACAGCAGCCAGCUGGUCAGUGCCCGGAAGAAGCUCAGAAAGACAGCUGAAGGUUUGCAAAGGAGGAGGGUGAGCUCACCCAUGGAUGAGGUGCUAGCUUCCUUGAAGCGUGGUAGUUUUCACCUGAAAAAGGUUGAACAACGAACUCUGCCUCCUUUUCCUGAUGAAGAUGAUAGUAAUAAUAUCUUGGCACAGAUAAGAAAAGGGGUAAAAUUGAAGAAGGUACAGAAAGAGGUGUUGAGAGAAUCAUUCACACUUCUGCCCGAUACAGACCCUCUCACACGCAGCAUCCAUGAAGCUCUUAGAAGAAUUAAAGAAGCAUCCCCUGAGUCAGAGGAUGAAGAGGAGGCUUUGCCUUGCACAGACUGGGAGAACUAACAAGCAACAGAAGAAAAAUACCUAGAGUUGAAGAUUGAUUCUGAUUCUUUGGAACACAACAGCUUAAGCACCUGUUUCCACAGUUGGAUUACAUGAGAUCCAAAGUAUAUUGGCUCAGUGGUGUGAAAAAGGCACAAUUGUUAAGUUGUCACUUUCCAGUCAUUCCAUUAGGUGGUGGUUAACAUGAGUUUUAGAUGUGCAAUGUUCCUGAUUGCAGUGGAAGAAAGGCCUUCUGGAGAUUUCUGGGGGUUUUUUUAUGCACCUUCUCCUCCCGUCUCUCUGUUUACAUCCUUCUAGUGGCCAGUUAAGCUAGGAAGAACAUUGGGUUGACAGAUUUACUGUGAGCUGUGUUGGGACUGCUUUGAGAGCCAUCUUUCACUGCGUGGAAAGUCAUGUAAAAAUACAGAGCUUCUUCCAUAUCAGCUAUAUAAAUAGUGUGACACUCUGAAAAAGUUUAUCAUGAUAGCUAUAUAUCAGGAAUUAAAAUCAGAUGGAAAUGCACUUAAAAUCUCCACAUAUCUCCAAAGGAAUUUUCAUAAAGAUGAUGAACAUCUGAAAAGCCACACAACAAUGGAGAUACAUCUAUUAAUGUGUUCACAACAUGAUACAUUUAAUAUGGCAUAUUUUUAGAAGACCACAGUCUCACACUUUGUAAAGUUUUGAAGUAAAAAUUUCCAUGCUUUUAAAUUGCUUUUAAUAAUUCUGAAUUUAUAAUAGUUUGAGUUUUAUGUGCAUCCUCAUUUAUGAGAAGCAAUACUUUGUAAUUUGAUAUUUCUAAUUAUUUUUAGUCUUUUUGUUUGAUCUAUUGCUCAGUUACUAGGACUCACAUGACUUUCCUAUUGGGAAUCAAAUCAAGAUUCAAUAAUAGGGAUGCAUAUCUUAACCCUUUUUGUCAACCACCAUUUUAAUUUUUUAUUUUAUGCUCCACAGUGAAAAGCAUGUGCUCGAUAGAGUAGAUAAGCAGAAAAGUCACCUUUGCUUGAAAUGCUUUGAGAAUUUUGGAGAGAGCCUUUGUUAUUGUCACUAAUAUUUUAAACUUAUACAUGUAGCUCUAGGUGCUGAUAUAUUUGCUAUAAUUGAGUCCUUAAAGGAUACAUUUAUAUGAAUGGGGCCAUUAAGGAUUUUCAGCAGGGACUGUUGUGAGCUUGAAUGAAGGUAGAUAUGUUGGACCCAGUUUAUAUACUCUGUAGAGAGUAAUUCCGCAUAAGAAAGAUCUUGCCCUUCAUAUGGAGGGAGUUAAGAACUGAAAUACCAAAAAGAACUUUCUUAUAAGGCAGUUCUCUGGCCUACACCCAGAAAAUAGUACUGCAGCAAAAGCCCUCCAAUGUAUAUGAAUUAAGGAAGUGCUCACAGCCUUGCCAUUUUAAAAUGUUAUUUUCUUUAAAAUAAUUAUGGAGAAAAUCUUCUGCCAACAGGUUAUAGGAGAGAAAAAUUUUUUGUUUAAAUGUUGGUAGUAUGUUUAUUGAUGAGACUGGGAGCUUCUGUGUAGUAUUUUCAUAAUAUAUUUGUUUUAGUCCCAGCACUAUUCCAACAUCUUGUUUGGAAAGAUCAGAAAUACAGAUCUAACAUAGAAACUUCAUCCCAAGACAGGGUAGGGAUGGUGUUGGCGGUGUCCUAUAUUAAUGUAUUAAAGCAUGCUUCUUUAACCCAAAGAGUGAUUGGUUAGAUUGUUAAUAUAGCUGAAAAAUGUUUAAGCAGAUUUGCAAACCUUUAAAAAAAAAAUCAUGUGUCAGUUUUAUGCUGUCCAAUUUUUAUGUGACCAUGUGUCGCCAUUUCAUAUAUCCAGUUUUUGGGAUGUUUAUUCCUAGCAAGUUAUUUUCAUUUAUUCAAAUUUAGAAAAAUACAGGAUAUAGUGUUAAAUUAACAAAAAACACUGGAACCUUUAUAUGUUGAGAAGGAAUUGCCACCCAUUUAGUGUUACAGCUGGGAUUCCAUUAUAAAAUAGGCUUACUUAUACACGGGUCUUGUAGUGUGUCUUCCUGAGCCAUGUUGUAAUAAGUCUCUAGCAAACAAUGGAGGAGAUACAGAACUGUUAACCCUUGUAGUGAUGCAUGCACAACUCUCUCGGCCCAUCCCAUUACAGCAUUCCUCGAGGGUUACCUCACACUCCUGAAGAUGAGGUUAAAAAGCAGAGUCUUGGUGGCUGGCAGCCAGCUGUGCUCGUUCUCUGGUUCUCAACACACCCAUUUCCCUUCGUCAAGGUCCCAUUUCCUACUUACGCAAAAUUACAGAAGACUGUAGGUCACAAACCAUUAGAGUUAUUCAGAUAUUAAAAUUUCAAAUAAUUAAGGUCUACUUGUUCAUCAAAAUAACCGUUGGAACCUCCACUUUAAUUAUGUAUGCAUGGUUAAAUUUCCCUUUUUCCUUUUCCCCAGUAAAAUGAGUAUCUUUGGCCUUAAUAUUAAAUUUGUAUAUGUUUAGUUAUCAUGGUACUUACAGAUGCCCACAUUUCCAUUUCCAAAACUUGCCUGUGGAACUCAGGCCUGUACUUUCUUUAUGAUUCAAAAUACUUGACAGUUACAUUUCUGUUAAUAUAUCAUUUCUUCAUCCACAAAUAGCUGCUUGGUCAUGCUGAAUCAAUUUAGAAGUUAAUUUACCAAUCUAGUCUCAACUGCAAUAUAUUGAAAAUAGGGGAAAUAAGUAGGUGACAAGUUUGGGAUAUUUUGAGAUUAACUUUACUGCACACUUGAAUGUUAAAUUCAAAUGUUUCUCUUACUAAUGCAACCAAAAUUAGAUGUAUAUAACCAAUGUGGCCCACAUAGAAAAGGUAUUCUUAAUGAUUAACAUCCUAGAUGUCUGUAGUGUAGCAGUAUGAAGAAAAGCCUGGGUAAUGAGUAUUUUUAAAAGAUUAACAAUUGUUUUGCUUACGUUUAAUAGGCUUACUUAGUUUGUUCGUAGCAUCAAAACAAUCAUUCCUUAGUUCUUCAUUGGGGAACUAAAAUAUUUCUAUAAGAUGCAUUUUUAAUGAAACUCCAGCUAUAAUAGUGGGAAUCAAGGGAAUGUGGAGCUUUUUUCAUAACAUAGAAACAGGAACUUUUCAGCACUUUCACCCUAUAUAGUGGGGGUGGGUGGGGGAAAUCCUUGUUUCUACAAAGUUGAACUAUGUAGCAAUAUUUGCUAGCACAUGGCGUGGCUACUUUAUGUUGUAAAAUGUGUAAAACUGUAAAUCAUACUUAAUGGACAUAGACACUAAGAAAUAAAACUCUUGAAUCAGUGGAACAAAAACUAAUGGGCAGCAUCCUAUUUGGAAUGGGACCAGUGUACAAUUACACAAUUUAAUUUUAUACAUUCCCUAACACUCCAUUUUUAAAUUAAAUUCACUGAGUGUGUUCGUAUAAACUUAAGCUAAUGCUUUCAGUCUAAGGAAAGCCUUUUCUUUCCCUAAAUACAAUAGUUUUGUUUUUUUUUAAGCUUUAUUAUUGAAGUAUUAUGAACUUAACAUCAGAUACCAACGUGUAAAAUAUUAUUGGGUCCUUAAAGGCCCUAUCAGGGAGUUGAAAUUUCAUACUUUACCAGGUUACUUGUAAAAAAAUAAAAAAUAAAAGGACAGCUGUAAAACAUUUCAUAAUUAUUGCAGAUAUGUUUAAGAUGCAACCAUUUGGUAAUGAAAGCAAAAACCUUCAAUGUUUUGCCUAAUUUUUGCACUGAAUAUAAAUUAUAAUAUAAAAUUAAAUGUGCAUUUACAUUUUAAACAGAUUUUAUUGCCCAUUUAUUGCGUAGCAUAGAAAAAGAACUAUGCUUAGUGUUAGAGGAUUGACCAGCAAGAUUUAUUUCAGAUGGAAGAGGGGUAAGAUGAUGAAAGCACCUUACUGUUGGAGCAUGUUGCAUUUAUUUAAUGCUACUGAACAACUCAGUAGUUAUUUCAGAACUUUGCUGCAAAGUAUGCUUUAGUUGAAGCACAUUAAGAAGAUUCUCUGCUUUUAUUGCUUUGUAAAAUGAAGCAAUGGUAUUUUUUAUCCUAUAAAUAUAGUGUAAUUUAAAAGUUUUUCCUACAAAAUGAGUUUAUAUUGCUGCCUAAACUAUCAUGUUAUGUAUGUAAACAGGUUUUUUAAAGGUGGGAGGGAGUCUAUAGAUCCAGUGUGUGUGUGUAUGUAUUAAAUGUUUGCCCAUUGAGCUAUUUUGAAGAUCUGUUUAUUCUAAAAUUCUGUUUUGCCCACAGUAAUCUACAACUUGACAUUUGUAGAAUUUAAUUGAUUGAAUUCCAUAUUUAUAAUGUUUCCCCCUUCUACACACACAUUUAUUAUGCCACCUUAAAGGGCAUGUACAGAAAAUACCUCUGAGUUUGACUUGUUAAAUAUAUUGUGAAUGUUACUUCACACUAAAUCUCAAAGCAGUCAUUUGUUUUAAGGGUUAGGGGAAAGCUUUUUUUUCUUUUAAUUCAGGUACUACUAAGAGUGGCUCAAUGUGGGGAGUUGUUACUGUGUCCAGAAGACCUUGAAAAAUGAUGAUUAGAUGAAAACAAGAGUUUGGAUGUUCGUUGUAGAGUUCAGUUUUAACAAGGGAAAUUUUGGGCUUUUUUUGUUUUCACUUGCAUGUUCUAUUGUUAACUAUCAAAGGGUGUAACAAGUUAUUCCACUUUUUCCCAAAUACUAAUUAUGUUGGUUUUAAGAAGUCUCCAUAAUCACAAGAUGGCAUUUGCCUUCAUUUGUGAACCAAGAGGGGCAGAUGAUGCAGCCCAUAUGCAGUGACUUCUGACUUCAACUUUAACAGAACCUCCACUGUCUUUGAAUUUCUCUAUAGCUUAUGUCUGGCCAAGUGUGAAACCAUAUUAUGUAGUUUAUGGAAAAUGGAAGGCUACCGAUCAUUUCGCAUGAAUAAUGCCCUUUAGGGCUAAGGAGACUGACACGUUUUUUAGCCUUUCUGGUAAAAUGAAAAUUUUAAUGGCAAACUGACUCACCAUUUUACUAGCUUUGUGCAAUAUUAUAAAGGUAGAAGCAAAACACUAGCACAUUGUGCUUGGCUUGUAAGGAUGGCUUUAACACCAUUACAUUAGAUGGACAGUGUGUGCACAGUGUAUUGUAAAUGCCAACUCUUGCAAAUUUACAAUACUUCAAUAUGCUCAAUUAACAUUCUAAAGUAUUAAAAGUACAAAGAAAAAACUAAGCAAGCAUUUAUAGCAAUACUAUGAAAUCUCCAAUAAUUGUUUUGACUGUUGCCUUUUGCUCUUUAGUGCAACUUUUCUGCAUUGUAAUUAUUGUAUUGCUUUGUAUUUCGUGUUUUUUACACUCAUGACUUCAGAGUUAAGUACUUGUACACCAAGUAUUGCAAUCACCUUUCUCUUAUUGUACAUGCAAUGUAACAAUAUACAGUUUUGGUGCUUAACAAUAUUCUUUUUUUCUUUAAUAAAGGAUAUUUAUUUGAAUUAA